AUCCAAGCAUGACCAAUAGGUAAAGGCGGCGCCCAUCGAUGGCGAGCAAUCGUGAGUUCUCAAUCGUGAUACAUACUAGACACUAUGGGCAGGGGGUUAUCUCGAAGCAUCGCAGCCAACCAAGCCCCGGCAUCCCGCUCCUACAAUCCUCCGUCCAUAAGCCAACCAUCCUGCGCGGCUGACAGACGCGUCUCAGCAUUGCCUCAUCCUGGCAAAAUCCCCAAUCAACCCAGUAUAAAGCAAAUGUCGCGCGUCACUGUACCCCAAGGAGAUCUAAGGAACUUGAGCGAUAUAAGCCCAUGAAACAGCACAUCCUGCCUCCACAAACUCCAGAAUGACACGCUGUAGAUGAUUUGGCAGUACGCCCAGGAGAGAGCGUGUUGAGCACAUCCGUGCUGAGUGGAUUUAUUGCGAAGCAAAGCA